GCGGGACCGUGGUUUGUUGGAUCAUGUACACUGCCGGCAAGCAGAGGUAUGAAAAGACCAGUGUUGGAAAUACCGACUACAGUUUUAGUGAGUUGAAGGAGUAAGGUUAUUAUCAACAGUUAGGCUGUCUUCGUGUCAAACCUACAAAUAAGUUGUUAUUCCUUCGUAUAGUUAUCAUUUAUUAAUACUGUUACUUAUUGAUACAAUCAGUGUAUAUCGUCAUGUUACAAAGCGCCUUUGAUGAUCUGAAACGUAUGAACAAACGUCAGUUCCUUUACCAGGUUCUGAGUUUCGGCAUGAUCGUUUCUUCAGCCCUAAUGAUAUGGAAAGGUUUAAUGGUGAUAACCGGAAGUGAAAGCCCAAUUGUCGUUGUGUUAAGCGGUAGUAUGGAACCAGCUUUUCAUCGUGGAGAUCUUUUAUUUCUGACGAAUUAUGAAGAGGAACCUGUUCGAGUCGGCGAAAUUGUAGUUUUCAAAAUAGAAGGGCGUGACAUUCCAAUAGUGCAUAGAGUGCUUAAGUUGCAUGAAAGAAGCGAAGAAAACAAUACUGUGAAGUUUCUAACUAAAGGCGAUAAUAAUUCAGUGGACGACAGAGGCCUAUAUGCACCAGGUCAACACUGGUUAAACCAUAAAGAUGUGGUUGGAAGAGCACGAGGUUUCCUACCAUACGUAGGCAUGGUCACAAUAUACAUGAAUGAGUAUCCAAAAUUCAAAUAUGCUAUAUUAGCAUUCCUUGGUCUUUAUGUAUUAAUUCAUAGAGAGUAAAAUGUUUGUAUUGUUAGGUUUUUAAACAAAUAAGUUGCUAAAAUAUUCUCGGAACCAAUUUUACUGCAAUAAAACAAUAUCUUUCACUCGUA